AUGCCACCAGAAGCUCUUGAGAUCACAAGGAAGUUCGUGAGCAAGCCAGAGAGAAUCUUGGUGAAGCGUGACGAGCUCACCCUCGAAGGAAGAGUGGAAACUCGAGACACUCUGCGAUCACUCGGAGUAUCAAUGUAUCAUCUUCGUGAACACUAUAGGCGAAAUGUGGAUUGGCUCACAGACAAAAUGAGAGGACGUGACCACACAGUCUCAACUACGUCACAGAGGCAUGGAUCUACAACACAACUGAUCUCUUGGCUCAUGGCUGGUGCUUUAAUGCUUGCUGAUAAUGGAAUUGUCGUUCAUGAGUUUGACGAUGUAUGGAUAUCAAAAAUCAGCCAUGGAGCAGCAAACAAUAAUCACUAUGAAGCUGGUAUACAAGCAACUUUCUAG